AUGACUCUGCUUCGGUCGUUCAACCCGGCAUUGGCCAAGCACUUCAGUGCGCCGCUUCCGAAGUUUCAGUACAGUUUCAAGCAUUUGGCACGACGCGAAACCUGUCAAGCCAUACUAGAUAAACUUGACCUCACUAAGAAGUAUACCCAGCCUGGCAAGCUAGAUAUUGUGGAUGUAUUUUCUGGUUAUGGACUCUUUUCAACAAUGAUCAACUAUGAAUUGAAACCACGAAAACAUGUAAUAAUAGAGAAUAUCAAGGCUAACGUGGGCCUCUGGAAGGAAAAGAUCCGGAUUCUUGAGAAUUCCAAUGCGAAUAGAGAAAAUUUCGUGUUGUACAAUAGAGAUGGCUACAAUUGGGACACAUACGAAGAUUUGAUUAGCAAAGACAAGUUGAUACUGCCUCUGUUCCAAUCACGAGACAAGAUCCACGACGAGUUGCUCAUCAUCGGAAACCUCUCUCCGACGAAGUAUGAAUCGCUUAUAGCCCAGUGGAUUAUGUGCUGUGCCUAUAACAACUGGCUCCAGAAAUAUGGCCGUGUAAGAAUGCUCUGUUUUGUGCCAACAGCCACAGCUAAAAAAUUCAUGUCUGGCCCAGCGUUUGGUAAGAGAAACAAGUCGUCGGUGAAGCGGGACCUUUUCACCAACUCUAAGUUGGUUGCAAUCACAGAGACAGAGGACACUGUAGUUGCCGAGGGCAGUGGCUACGAUCCUCGUUUAUUAUUCAAAGACCAGCCUAUCCUUAUUCCUUCUAAAGGCACUCUACCAACCAACUCUGAUUUUGCAUUGCUAGAAAUCGAGCCUGAAAACAUAGUAGCAACGACUGCUAUCGAAGAACACGAACAUUUUAUGCAAAACUUGUUCUACAGUCCUUCUAAAAAGGUCAAGGACCAAUUGCCUUUUAUUGGCCCAGGAGCUUUAGACGAUCUUGCUCCUCAUAUACCUGACGAAAUCAUGGUUAAAGGUAUCAGGGAGCUCACGAAGUCGGACUGGGAACUCUUAUUCCAUGUGUAUGACAACUGGCCAUUUAGGCCAAGCUUAUUGGAUCAGAUGGACUUUAUCCACGAAGAUUCAAGAAACUUCUAG